AUGGCUGCUGCUGCUCGUACUCUUCGCAUUGGUCUCAUCCCCGGUGACGGCAUCGGACGGGAGGUGAUCCCGGCUGGUCGUCGUGUCCUGGAGUCUCUUCCCUCGUCUCUGGGCCUGAAGUUCAGCUUCGUCGACCUCGAGGCUGGUUUCGAUACCUUCCAGCGCACCGGUUCCGCUCUGCCAGAUAAGACUGUCGACACUCUCAAGAAGGAGUGCGAUGGUGCUCUCUUCGGUGCUGUCAGCUCCCCGAGCACCAAGGUCGCCGGCUACUCUUCCCCCAUUGUUGCCCUGCGCAAGAAGCUCGACCUGUACGCCAAUGUGCGUCCCGUCAAGACCACUGCCGGCAGCAGCAACGGCAAGCCCAUUGACCUCGUCAUUGUCCGUGAGAACACCGAGGACCUGUACGUGAAGGAGGAGCAGACCAAGGAUACCCCCGAGGGUAAGGUCGCUGAGGCCAUUAAGCGUAUCUCCGAGCGUGCCUCUUACCGUAUUUCCAACAUUGCCGGUGAGAUCGCUCUCCGCCGCCAGAACAUUCGUUCCACCUCCGGUGUGGCCUCGGUCCACUCCUCUCCCAUGGUCACCAUCACCCACAAGUCCAACGUGCUGUCCCAGACCGACGGUCUGUUCCGUGAGACUGCUCGCCGCGCUCUCGCUGCUGAGAAGUUCUCCUCCGUGAAUGUCGAGGAGCAGAUUGUCGACUCCAUGGUCUACAAGCUCUUCCGCCAGCCCGAGUACUACGAUGUCAUUGUUGCUCCUAACCUGUACGGUGACAUUCUGUCCGACGGUGCCGCCGCCCUUGUUGGCAGUCUGGGUCUUGUUCCCAGCGCCAACGUUGGUGAUGGCUUCGCUAUUGGUGAGCCUUGCCACGGCAGUGCUCCUGACAUUGAGGGCCAGGGUAUUGCCAACCCCAUUGCUACUCUGCGCAGUGUUGCUCUGAUGCUGGAGUUCCUUGGUGAGGAGGCUGCUGCCGCUAAGAUCUACGCUGCUGUUGACGGCAACCUGGAUGCGGCUCAGUUCCUGUCUCCUGAUAUGGGUGGCAAGGCUACCACUCAGCAGGUUCUGGACGACGUCCUGAAGCGCCUGUAA